UUCAGGACACUAAGUGGAGAGCACCCGGGGGCGCGUUUUUUUUUUUCUUCUUCUUGCUUUCUUUCCUUUUUUUAAUGCAAUAUCCCCUCCACUCAUCAGUGUGAUUCAUUAACAUAGUAUUCAUUUUAUUUCUUCUCUAAAACUCAUUAUUACGCCUGAUGAUCGACAUAUUUCCAAGCAAGAGGCACAUCCUACUGCUGGAUUAAGCCACUGACGUCAUUUUCUAUCGGUGUAUAUUUUUUUUGGAGGGGAGUAUUAGUUAAUUUAACCAUUUAAUGGCCGGUCGACAUAUUUUUGAAAAGCUGAAGACAUCUAAAACCUCUGUGAUGACAUCAGUGUUGUUCCACCUGCUGCUGCUGGAGUCCAUCUUGAUGUGCUGUGGGGCCAGAGGUCCCCCCAGGGUGUCGGAGCGAGUGUCCCAUCGGCAGAGCGUGCGCCUGGGCCGCACGGUCAAGCUGCCGUGCCCCGUAGAGGGCGACCCACCGCCGCUCAUCAUGUGGACCAAGAGCGGCCGCAACAUCCACAGCGGCUGGACACGCUUUCGGGUGCUCCAGCAUGCUCUACGCAUCAAGGAGGUGGAGGCGGACGACGGCGGCACGUACGUCUGCAAGGCCACCAACGGAUUUGGUAGCGUCAGCGUCAACUACACGCUCAUCAUCAUUGAUGAUUCCCGAGUCAACUCAGAACACCUUUCAGAGCUGGCCGGGAAACUGGUACGUCCUCGCUUCACACAGCCUGCCAAGAUGAGGAAGCGCGUCAUUGCCCGGCCGGUGGGCAGCUCUGUGCGCCUCAAGUGCACAGCCAGCGGCAACCCUCGGCCCGAAAUUGUGUGGCUGAAGGAUGGACGCCCACUAGCACAGGGCGAUGACGAAAAUGGAGGUGCGGAGGAGGACAGGAAAAAGAAAUGGACUCUGACUUUAAAGAGCCUAACGCCGGAACACAGCGGCAAAUACACGUGUCACGUGUCCAACCGAGCAGGACACAUCAACGCCACCUACAAAGUGGAAGUCAUACAACGCACCAACUCCAAGCCCAUCCUGACGGGCACUCACCCAGUCAACACGACAGUGGACUACGGCAGCAGCACGUCCUUCCAAUGCAAAGUGCGCAGUGACGUCAAGCCCGUCAUCCAGUGGCUCAAGCGGGUGGAGGCCGGUGACGAGAGCAAGUUCAACUCCACACUCGAGGUGGGGGACCACCGCUAUGUGGUCUUGCCCACUGGGGAUGUUUGGUCGCGGCCUGACGGCUCGUACCUCAACAAGCUUCUGAUCACUCGCGCCAAGAAGGAGGAUGCCGGCAUGUAUAUCUGCCUGGGCGCUAACACCAUGGGAUACAGCUUUCGGAGCGCCUACCUUACCGUGCUGCCAGAUGUGAAGCCCCAAAACAAUUUAGUCCUGGCUGCUGCCUCGCAGAGCCUGCCCUGGCCCGUCAUCAUCGGGAUACCGGCGGGUGUGGCCUUCGUCCUGGGAACUGCCCUCCUCUGGUUCUGCCAGUCCAAACGCAGCUGCCCAUCGUCCUCCUCCUCUUCAUCUUCCUCACAAGCCUCCUCCGCCCUCACCGUCUCGCAGCGCCUGCCGGUGGCGGGCCGCGAGAGAGCGUGCCCUAGCGCCGACAAAGAGGCCCUGUCUUACGAGGACUAUAUGGCCCAGCAGAACCAGCCGUUGACAUCCUCCACGCUGUACCCCAAAAUCUACACGCACGACAUACACACACACUCGCACUCGCACGUGGACGGCAAAGUGCACCAACACCAGCAUAUUCACUAUCAAUGUUAGCAACGGAGGGACAAAUGACAGCCACGACACUUUAGCGCAUAUUGGAACUCAAUGAAGAAGGUAAGCAGAGAUUUAUUUUUUAUUUUUUCAAAACAGUCAAAAAUCCCUCAAAGUAUUUUUCAAGACUAAGUAUGGAGUAAUAAAUACAUCCUCAUGUUCCGUCCUUUGAACAUUUGUGUCUGUACAUAGUCAGAUAUGAUUAUGUAGCAUUUAGCAUGUUUCUUCAACCCCGGGUCUUUGUAUAAAUGUAAUAGUUUGUUUUCGUGUUAGUGUCGUUAAAGAAACACCAUCCAGACUCACUUCACUGGUCGGAGCAGAAGGCGGGAAAAAAGGCUGCUAAACACUUCAAAACACAUGUUUCAUAAGAUGACACCAUCAAGCUCACCAUUUUGUGGAAGUAUUUCAAAAUACAGCCCACAAACAGCCAGUUUCAUUUAGCAGCAUGACAUUUGGUAGGCAUGUUGAUUACGAGUAAACCCACAAACAAAAGACAUGUCUAAAAAGACACAGGAAGGAAUGCAUGGAUUCUGCCAGCAAAAUAUGGUUACUCACCAUGAAACAGUAAAUUCUUGGUUGGCAUUGUUGUUGUUUUUUAAAUCAGUUCUGUCAGACAGUUUCCCUUAGAUCAGGGGUGUCAAACUAUUUUUUUUAGCAUUAUAGUCAUAGCUUCUUUCCGAGGGCCAUUAUGACUGUCAACCCAAAUAAAUGUAUGAGCACCUCAUAUUAUACACAGUAAAAGCUACAAAACAAACUGACAAAUAACUCGUUUUCAAAUCAAACAAGUAAAAACUGGUCAAAUAUUUAAAAAAAAAAAAAGAUAUUAAAAGUGAAGAGAAUUUGCAAUUCUAGUAAUGACACAAAUAUGAUGCACAAUUUGUCUUCGCAGGCCACAUAAAAUGAUGUGGCGGGCCGUAUCUGGCCCCCGGGCCUUGAGUUUAACACCUGUGCCUUAGAUACAUGGAAUCUGGUAAGCAUGUCUCUCGUGAGAACACCCACAAAAAGUCUUUAGAUGCCUGGAAAGACACAAGAAAUCAGCCAUUUUGGUCAGAGGUGGCCAUUUUACUUUAAUUUCCAGGGGUUCGUCAAACUCACUUGACAGAUUAUUGCUGAUUGUGACCAAAUUAAGAACUCCUACGAGACAGAUACUAAAAUAUCUAAGCUGGCGAUAUUAAUUAGUUACUAUAUUUAAACACAGAUUGUUUUUUGUAAACCUCAUCUAGGGUGAACCUAAUGUUAUGGCCACAGAGUGCAUGCAUUGAGCUUACUGCCUAUCAAAUUUAUACCAAUUAAAACCUGUGAAGCCAUUUCUACUAUUGCCGUAUGUUGUUGUUUUUGCUCAUGUCGUCUAAAGCUAACAGACUGCCGCUACAAUAUAUUAAUGUAUUAAUGUGCACUUACCGCUGGUUUAUAUGAAUGUGAAUUAAAAUUUUAUUUUUUCUAAAUAGUCGAAUUAGCAAAUUAGAUUUAAAAAAAAAAACUAAAAAUGUUUCAAGAUUGAGGACACGAAAUUUCCUAUGUAAUUUAUUUUCUUUGGGCAUUAUACUGCAUUUUCAUUUUGUGUUCACACACACACACACACAGCUACUGUUAUAUUAUAUGCAAACUGUAUACAUUAUUUCAUUGUAAGAUAUUGUAUUUAUACCUGUUGUCAAAUGUAUGUUACGAUUUUAUUGAUACUCAUUGUAUGGACGGACAAUCUUGUACAGUUGAUGUUUUAUUUCAUGUAAUUGUUGCCAUUAAAACAAGGUAAUCUGUUGCA